ACAUUGUUCUUAUCUAACAGUAGGCAGCUUUCUAAGCUGAGAAGAAGAACUAGCCACUAGGAAUGAAGAUCCAAUCACUUUUCGGGUCCGGGUCCGGAUCCGGGUUUGAUGGAUCGGAGGCCCGGUUUCUGGAAAUUCAUGUCUGCUCACCCACCACGGCCUCCCGAACCGGCUCCGAGGAUCUCCACGAAGCAGUGGUCGAUUGAUGAUUUCGAGAUCGGGAAGCCGCUUGGGAAGGGGAAAUUCGGGCGAGUGUACCUCGCCCGCGAGAUUAAGAGUAAGUAUGUAGUGGCGUUGAAGGUGAUAUUCAAGCAGCAAAUCGAGAAGUACAGAUUGCACCACCAGUUGCGGAGAGAAAUGGAGAUCCAAACAGACCUCCGGCACCCCAAUGUUCUGAGGCUGUUCGGGUGGUUUCACGACGCUACGCGGAUUUUCUUAAUUUUGGAGUACGCACAUGGUGGUGAGCUCUACAAAGAACUCAGCAAAUCUCAUCGUUUCUCCGAAAGACAAGCCGCCACAUACAUAGCAAGCCUCGCGCAGGCUCUGGCGUAUUGUCACGGGAAGCAUGUGAUUCAUAGAGACAUCAAGCCAGAAAAUUUGUUACUGGAUCAUGAGGGUCGGCUUAAAAUUGCAGACUUUGGUUGGUCUGUACAAUCUGAAAGCAAAAGACGCACUAUGUGUGGAACUUUGGACUAUCUAGCUCCAGAAAUGGUGGAGAACAAAGAACAUGACUACUCAGUGGAUAAUUGGACAUUGGGUGUACUGUGCUAUGAGUUUUUGUAUGGUGUUCCUCCAUUUGAGGCUGAAAGCCAAAGAGACACAUUUAGAAGAAUUAUGAAGGUUGACUUGAGUUUUCCUUCCAAACCUGCUGUUUCUACAGAAGCUAAAAAUCUCAUUAGCCAGCUUCUUGUGAAGGAUUCCUCCAAAAGGUUGUCUUUACAAAAGAUCAUGGAACAUCCUUGGAUAGUUCAGAAUGCUGACCCCAUGGGCAGCUGCUCCAAAUUGCAUAAUACAAAUCCCUUUUCUAACUAAAUUCUUGUGACAUUUACUAGGUAUUGUAUCUUUAAUUGCUAAAUU